AUGCCCGAUACCACCAGUGAAGGCUGGCAGGAACUACAGACGACGUCUCGUCGACAAUGCCCCAAGCUGUUCUACUCCUUCUCUACGGAAGAACAGUCACUCACCCUCCUCCUCACCGACCUGAUCUCUAUCUGGGAGUGUUCGCUUGACAAGUAUGACAUCCUUGCUGCAGCCGCCCGACAACAGACGAGCAUUGACCCAUCCGUCUCAUCGGACCAGUUGGGGGUCCUGCUCUCCAAGAUCCGCACAAGUCUCGGGGAUGGCGCGAACUCCCUGAUUCGCGGCGGCCGUGCGAACUCGCGGACGCUGCUGCUGCGGACAAGGACAGAUCUGCCUCGUCCACUCCGGCCCCUUGAGUGGACCUUCACCCUCGAGCCGCAGCGCGCUUCCGAGCUGGCAGAACGCGUCCUUCGGCCUAGCUUGCACGAGGUCUUCGUCUCCCAAAACAAAAUCAACUCCCUGCUCGGGAUCAUCAAGGACAAGGACCACAUCAUCUCACGCCUGCUCGACAGAGUUGGUAACUCUGCCGUGGACUUGAGCUUGGUCUUCCCCGGUAUCGCGGGCUUUGCGUCCCGCAAGGGUGGCCAUGUGUCUGUCGCGGACGCAAAGAAGCAUGUCCCCGGCAUGACGAGUUUCGACGAGAAAUCGUGGACGAGACAGUUCGCUAACGACGAGGGGUACGAGGGCGCUGACCGUACCGGGCUGAGCAACCUCGUCCGGGGUUGUGAGAAGUGCUUCGCGCACAGUAAAGCCGAGCAUGAAAGCUGGGUGAAAGAUCUGCCUUCCACGGAGAAACCAGAUCAAAACGAUGAUGCAAGCAGGAACCAGUCUGUGUCACCAUCAACAAAGGCCUCAAAAGAUGAAAUAAAAGAGCCGGAUAGAGACGACGAAUCCACAGACGACGAAUUCGAGCGUCAAGCGACCCCACCACACCUGAAGUCCAAGGAUGUUCCUAAGAAGACGACACGUGAAAACACAGCGGACGAGGAAACCGAGGACGAUGAACCAGUCCCCAAACGAGCACAGCCCUCGACAAUCGGCGGUCUAGGUCGACGAAAUGCCACAAAAGCCUUUGGCGCGUCGAAGCGGUCACCAAGCCCUGUGGACGCUGCUGUGAGCAAGUCACCUUCAAGUCGUCGGGCCUCCACGGCGUCGACAUCCACGGCGACAGCUUCAGAAGUGGAUGAUGCUGCCGACCAAAGGUUCCAGGCACCCGUUGCACCACAGAAUAAGAGCAGUCACUUGACGCAAAAGUCCAAGAUCGGCGCAUUGCGAUCCAGAAAGGCUUCGGAUUCACCCUCACCACCAGCACCAGCGGCGCGGCCGGGGUCAUCUACCUCUUCUACAGGAAGAGCCGCUGAGCAAGAGCCCCCUUCUCACAAUGUACGUGUCGCCGCGCGAGGAUCGAAGACACCCGAGGCAGGGGGAGAGGAAGAAGAAGAGGAAAACGACGAUCUAAACGACACAUCGUCAACCGCGUCCGCAUCUCCACCUCCAACCAAAGCGAAACCCUCGACGCCAGCACAUGAACGACGUCGUCUAGGCCGCCUGGGAGGAGGAGGAGGGGUGGCAAAGAAACAAGCGACGCCGCCAUCGCCAGAUACAUCCAAGGGCAAGGAUACCCCAGACAGCGCCCACACCGAGUCCCCUGCGAAAAGGAAGCCCGGUCGACUGGGCGGUCUCCGCAAAAGGGCACGCGACACAACUACAUCCCCGUCCCCGCGAGCGCAGGGUAAAGAAGACGCAACAAAUACGCAGUCACCCUCCGCAUCUCGCUCCCCGUCACAAUCCUCGUCCGCUACGUCCCGAUCCCGCACCCGCAACCCCGCCCUCGCUACCACCCGACGCCAGCGCCAGCGCCAGGACCACUCACCACCACCUCCCCCACCAGGCUCAACACGCACAAAGCCAGCGAUCGAGCCAAGGACGAACAAGAAGGAAGAAGAAACGCCCGAAGAAGCCGCGAGCCGACGCCGAAUGGAACUCAAGCGCACCAUCGCAGCCACGGAUGGGGCGAAGAAGAAACGCCGGUUUUGA